AACAGGCUGGUGGAUCGGUGUGAGCGGCUCCAGCUGCAGAGCGCGGCCAUCGCCCGGCACCUGGAUGAGGUGCUGCCUGCCAAGGACCAGGGAGUCCUGAACUCAGCCAAUGCGGCGCGGGAGCUGGUGAUCCAGCGACUCAUCUUCGUGGGGAAAGCCUGUGAGAAUGAGGAGCAGAGGCUGCUGGAGAAGGUGCAUGCAGAGGAGGAACGAGCACGCCAGAGCAUCCUGACCCAGCAGGCACACUGGACGGAGGCUCUGCAGAAGUUGGCUGCUCUCCGCACCUACCUGGUGGACAUGAUCACCAGCCUGGAUGACCAGGGCCUGGUGCGUGCUGAACAAGAGAUCUUCGAGAGGACAGAGGUGGCAGAAGGAAUCUUAGAGCCACAGGAGUCCCAGAAGUUAAACUUUAAUCAGACCUGUGUUCAGAGUCCACUGCUGCAUCGACUCUGGGCCACUGCUGUGCUCUGCUGCCUCACAG